AUGCGCACACGUGCGCAAGAACUCAUUUGGAACUGUCGUCAGGGCCGCAUCUUUCCCCGGAACUUGCGCAAGUACAAGCUGGCGACACUUGUUAUUGGCACUAUUGCUACUCGUCCGAAUGCUGUGUACCAGCGUAUGGAUUCGCCCAACAGCGUCACUCAGGACUGUGUGCUCAGGGUCGAUACCCUCAACCCCAACCCUGCGCCUGCGGUGCAGUAUGUCUUCAGUGCUGAAGAGGGAGAGUACUUCCUCAGACAGCAUGUCGGCGACAACAUCCGCGUCACGCCAUUUGUCAGAUCUGAUCUCGAGGACUGGAUCAAUGAGUUCCGCAGCAUGCUUGGCUGA